GCGCGUUCUCGUGUUUUGAACUUGACGUGCUCGCGGCCACACGCUCCUGUUAACGACUCUAGUAACGUUACUUCACAAACCGAAACAUCCGAAGUGUGUGACUUUGUCCAAGUUCAACCAUAAAGAUAAAAGCGGACGAUUUUUUUGUGACAGUCUUUAUUUGAUCGGUGAGGAUUAUCGACCAGUUCGGAGUUUUGGACAUAUGCGGUUCGCUUCGUCCGAGAUGUCAAUGGCUGUCUGUAUCUGAACCUCACACUUUACAAGUCACUGACUCGUUUUCAAGCUCUUGCAGUAGGUGUGGAGCAUGUGGGCCAGCUGCUGCGGCUGGCUCUGUCUGGAUGACUCCACUGUGGACGACACCAGAAGCAGCACACGUCACCAGGCCUUCACCAACUCGGGCUUCAGCAGUUACCCAUCUCCUCUCGCUCCAGAACCAACAUGCAAGGCCUGUGGGGGUCGCUUCGACAGCCACACCAGAAAGCACGUGUGCAUGGACUGCAAGAAAAACUACUGCAGCCGCUGCUCCACGCAGCAGGACCUCCAGCCACGGAUGUGCCACACCUGCCAGCGUUUCCGGGGCAUCGUGUUGGAGCGAGCCGAGCUGAUGAAGCUCAAGGUGAAGGAUCUGAGAGACUACCUCCACCUGCACGAGAUCUCCACGCAGAUGUGCCGUGAGAAAGAGGAGCUGGUCGAGCUGGUUCUCGGCCAGCAGACGCCUACAUCUGACACACACAUUCCUCCCCCCACAGUGACCACACAGGAGCCUAGCGCUCCAAUCAUAACCAUCAGCCCAUCGACAAACAAUGGCACAACAGAACUGGGGCCUCAGACUCCAGCAACAGAAGAUGGACAGAGCUUGGCUGAGGCGACAGCUGAAAGCGAGAUGGAUGCUGAGCUGCAGGUGGAGCAGGAGUCGCAGUCCUCAGACUCGGAGGAAGUGCUGGCUCCGGGGCGACGGGCGUCUCUCUCUGACCUCCGAUCAGUGGAGGACAUCGAGGAUCUGAGUGUCCGGCAGCUGAAGGAGAUUCUGGCCAGGAACUUUGUGGACUAUAAGGGCUGCUGUGAGAAAUGGGAGCUGAUGGAGAGAGUGACGCGUCUGUACCACGACCAGAAGGACCUGCAGAACAUGGUGUCUAAUGCCACAGAAGGUACAGACGCCGGACCAGGGACGGCCGUGGAGGAGAGCCUGUGUAAGAUCUGUAUGGACUCGCCCAUCGACUGUGUUCUUCUGGAGUGCGGACACAUGGUCACAUGCACAAAGUGCGGCAAGCGCAUGAGCGAGUGUCCGAUCUGCCGGCAGUACGUGGUGCGAGCUGUGCACGUGUUCAGAUCCUGAACCACAGGAUCCAUCACCGCUAUCUCACAGUCCUUCCCUCCAGCAGCGGAUACUGUAGAGAGCUUUCAGGUGGCCUUUAAUACUCGCACAAUUAUCUUGCGGCACUUUAAACCAUCGCGAAUAAGAUAUGCAGAUUUCUGAGCAAUAUCUACUGGAUUCAGUUUCAGAUUUCAUUCUUCAAAGUGUGCCUUCUAGAUGUUUUAAAGAGGAAGCUUUAUUUUUGAUCAUGGGAUUAUGUCACAUGUUUGUUGACACUUCAGUGCAACAUAAAUGCCUGUUUCUGCCAUUUCCCACAUUAGUAAACAAUGAAAGGAUUGUAUGAUCACACACAGAC